AUGCCAACAAUCCGGCUGCUUGUAGCAUAUUUUGCAGUCCAGAAUGCGUCGUCGGGAAAGCUCCUCUUGAUGCUGGUCUUCCUGUUGGAGAAGCUUGCUUUGAAGUUCCUGGACUUGCUUUUGCUGCUUUUCAACUUCUUGCUCGAGAUUUUCAACCUCCUGAUCGAGUUUUUCAACUUCUUGAUCUCUUUCGUCAAAUGUCUUACGCAGUCUCUUGAAACAGGUAUCCUGGUCCAUCAUUAG